UAUUUCAUGCAUGGAGUUUGCAAGGAAGGAGACAACUGUCGCUACUCCCAUGACCUCUCCACUAGCCAGUCUGCCAUGGUGUGCAGGUAUUACCAGCGAGGAUGCUGUGCUUAUGGAGAUCAUUGCAGAUACGAACAUACCAAGCCACUGAAACAGGAAGACUUGACUGAUGUGAAUCCAGAUGCAGAAAUGUAUCCCUCAGUAUCCUCAGACUUCGUAUCACUCCCUGAAACAGUUGAAGAAAUUCUUGCUGAGAUAGAAGAUGAAACUGCAGAUCUGGCAGCAGCAGGAGUUGGUGCUGAAGACUGGGUGAAUGCUGUGGAGUUUGUCCCUGGGCAGCCGUACUGUGGACGUGCUGCCCCUUCCUGUGCUGAAGCACCCUUGCAGGAAAUGGUGAUUGAGGAAGAAUACGACAAGCAGCAAGCAGACGUGGAGAUGAAGAAGGAGCUGUGCCCCUACGCUGCAGUAGGAGAAUGUCGUUACGGAGAAAACUGCGUGUAUAUCCAUGGGGAUGUGUGUGAUAUGUGUGGACUGCAGGUCCUGCAUCCAAUUGAUGCUGCGCAGAGAUCCGAGCACAUAAAGUCGUGCAUUGAAGCUCACGAGAAGGACAUGGAGCUUUCAUUUGCCGUCCAGCGUAGUAAAGACAUGGUGUGCGGGAUAUGCAUGGAGGUGGUGUAUGAGAAAGCUAAUCCUAGUGAGCGCCGCUUUGGGAUCCUCUCCAACUGCAACCACACUUACUGUCUCAAGUGCAUCCGCAAGUGGAGGAGUGCUAAACAGUUUGAGAGCAAGAUUAUAAAGUCCUGCCCAGAAUGUCGGAUCACAUCUAACUUUGUCAUUCCAAGUGAGUACUGGGUGGAGGAGAAGGAAGAGAAGCAGAAACUCAUUCAGAAAUACAAGGAGGCGAUGAGCAACAAGCCAUGCAGGUAUUUUGACGAAGGCCGUGGGAGCUGUCCUUUUGGAGGAAACUGUUUUUACAAGCAUGCAUAUCCUGAUGGCCGUCGAGAGGAGCCACAGAGGCCCAAAGCCCAGCGGAGAAAUCGGUUCUGGGAGUUCAUCGAGGAGCGAGAGAAUGGGGAUCCGUUUGAGACCGACGAGGAUGAGGUGGUUACCUUUGAGCUUGGUGAGAUGUUGCUGAUGCUGUUGGCAGCAGGAGGUGACGAUGAGCUAACGGAUUCCGAGGAUGAGUGGGACUUGUUUCAUGAUGAGCUGGAAGAUUAUUAUGACUUGGAUCUAUAGCACCUGUCAGUGGAGUGUGGACUGUUGUCUUGGCUUCAGGCAGUAGCUAUUACCUGUGGUGUUGUGGCAGUGCCUGUGUUUCUCCUAGGCAGGCCGAUCAAUUCCAGGUGCUGUUGUAAUAACUUUUACCCAGGGUCUGUCUCCUCCCAACCCCUCCCACCCCAGGAGUGUUGUUUUUCCUCUGUUUAAACAAAAUAACAAGAAAUAAAUCUUAAAAAUGUUAGUUUUUGUAAAAAUAAAUUUAACUGUCAAACAGUUAGCUUAGGUUUGUUGCUUCAUCUGUGUACCCAACAGAGUUCACCCAGUUCCAGGGUUAAAGUGUUUACAGGACUUCCACACUCAUUUUGAAGAGCCCAGAUACAAAAAUGAGCAGUGGCCAUGCAGUGGGGAUGUAAAUUGGCUGAUGGCCUUUUCUCUGUCUUUGUACCAAUAUUUCUGACUUCAGGCCAGAUCCAAAUACUCUCGUUCUGGCAUCAGCUCCGUUCCAGCCCCCUCAUGUACACACCUUCAUUUGUGAUUUUGGUCUCUUGUUUACUUGCACAUUACUAUUACUACUGUGUAACCAGAACCAGGUGUGAACGUUCUGGGUUUUUACUGUGUUUAGCAUGAAAGGAAGAUGUCUUUGUGAAAGGAGAACUCUCUAUGUGUAUAUACAGAUAAAUGUAGAGUUGGACCUCGAGGAUGGGGAGGCUCUGUGUAAGUUUAAAAAAAAAAAAAAAAGAAAAAAAGGAAAUAAUAACAAACCCACCUUUCAUCCCCUCUUGGUGCAUGAAGUGUAGCUUCCAGCUGGACAUGAAACUGGUUCCGUGGUCUCAGCCCGGUCUGUGGCAAUGAUCUUGAGCUAUCGCUUAGCUGAACAGACAGCACUCCCUAGGACACCGGCUCUCCCUCGUGCGUUGGCUAGGGUUGUCCAGCAGCGGGAAUCCGGCUGGCCGAGGUGGGUCGGAGGAACGCUAGAGAGGCCCCUUUAGCUUCGUUGCUCUGUAAGUUUUAGAACUUGGUGUAACCACGUAAGCCGUGAGCUUGGCUGGGAAGCGGCUGCCCCUCUCGGCUGGUUGGAGGCGCGCGUGCCUCGGCACCGGAGUUGGGCAGGUUGCCUGGUAAAGCUGGUCAGCUUACGGGAGUUACCGCUUACAAAGGCAGGCGUGCAGUUUUGGGCUCUAAUUUGCAUUCAGAAAUUACUUUGCCACCAAAGCCCUGGCACAGGAAUUUUAACCUUGCGUUACAUUUAUUGCUGGUUUUUAUUGACUCGUGGAUGCCCCGUGAUCUGUUCUCCUGCUGCUCUCUUCCCCUAGACUGCCUCUCCUUUCACUUUUAAAUGGAAUGAGAAAUUGUUCUGAGGUCUAUAACGUAUUGUUUUGCAGCUGCCUUUUGUAAGAAGCACUUUUCCC